UAACACAUUUUGCAAAAUUGGCGAAGAGGGUUAUAAAAUUAAGGAACAAUGUAAGAACCGUUAUGCUAUAAAAAGAGGGUUAUUUUUUUAUGUGACCUCUAGUAUGGGCCUAUAGCCAAGCAUAAAUGUAUACUUCCUUCAUACAUGUGCGUCCCGUUCGCCUCCAAAAAUGGCACUCCGCAUCAGCACCCGCAGUUGCUCUAGGGACCUCCUAGCAUCAUACAAUGGCCCAAGUGUAAAAUCGUUCCAGCAGAGGGGAGUCCCUCUUUUGCAUUGCCUAAGGGGCCUCACUAGCGUGAACAAGCAGUUCGUAGGGAAGACACAUGUGAAUUAUUUUAUGAGUCAAGAGAAGAGUGCUCUGUCCACUUCUUCAAACGUACAACUAAACGGACGCAAUUGUGAGGAUUACCAAAGUGAUGGAGAAAGCGACAAAUUAGUUCUGAAUGAUGAAGAUGAAUCUGAUGAAGGGGAGGAGUCCCCCGUGGAAAUGAACGCUGCAGUUGGCGUAACCCACGAAGGGGUCAUCACCGGAGGCGAAGUUGGCGGAAACGUCGGGUGUACCCACUUGGGUGAAAAUAUCCCCACCCGUGAACAGAACUGUGGAAGCGAAUCGGAUAAUAAAACAGGCCACUUGAGGAAAAGGAACAAGUACGACCCUGACACGGUAGUGAUAUAUAACGACGUAAUAGAUUUACCACCCAACAUGUGCACGUCCCCCCUAAGCGAAGAAGAAAUAGAACAAGUCAACUCUGGGGGUGGUGGCUCCCCCCUGGAGGAGUACUCAUGUACCGUUGUUUAUGCUAAGAAGAUGCGCUCAUAG